AACGGCAUUCAUUUUUCUUCACUCUCAGGCCAACAGAUCUGGCAGCAGAUCAACUUAGGCCCAGUGUGUUUUUACGCCAAUGGUAGAAGACCCGGGUCGUUCCAGUUUUUAGGCAACGAAGGACGGCUCAUGGCCGCCAUCAAGCUUGUCUAUCGAGAAGGAACCGUGCGUUGUACUUCGAGUACAGCGUUUAACAGUCGCUGGGGUUGUUACCAUCAUCCAUCCUUUCUGAAUCACCCACUUAACGUCGUGGUGACGGACCGAAGCAACAACGUGAUCUUCCCAGAUAAAAAGUACAUCAAAAAUGCCGCUGGCCUCUGGUACUACCUGCCCUUCACGGAUCCUCUGCACUCAGAUGAGAUUGUCUUCGGUAACUACGCAAAUCCAGUCUAUCUUACACGAGGAGCUGUAAUAAAAAUCUGGUAUGGAGAAGACCUUCAAAAUUGGAAUCAGGGAGAUAAUGGCGGCAGAGUUUGCGUGGAUGUUUAUGCUCAUCUGCAGUGACUCAUGAUUACUUAAGAAGUUAAUCUAGUGAAUGUGGAGUCUAUGUAACCAUGUGAAAUGAGAAUAAAGGUGUUGAAUGCCAAGAGAGACUCUAACUUUUUCUCUUUGCCUCAGUUUUUCUCUGCUUUCAAACUCAAAGAUGCCAAAGAUCUUCCCCAAAGCCCAGUUUUCCGAAAAGCAGAUAAAGCUAUCUACUGGAUAAUGCAAUUGGUUUCUCUUAUACUUAUUCGCUGGAUAGUGAUUUAUCCUAUGGAUAGUGCUAUCCAACGUUUGAACAACAGUGGCCAGGGCGUUUGCAACGAGGUUGGUCCAAGAUGGUGACAGAAAAUGUUUUAUGCUGUUGUGGAUGGUGACGCAACGCGUAAGACUUGAACGACAGUGAAUUAUAUCCAAAUCACUCUUCGUCCAAAUUGUUUUUUUUUUCGUCAUGCAGUCUGACUGAGUUUCAAAAAAACGUUAGAAUUCCUUGAAGACCUUACAAAAGUCACCCACUUUCUACUUCCCUUCUGCUCUUUCAGUUUUCAAUCUUUCUAUUUCUCCUCUGAGUUAUUACCAUUUGUGGGCUAUUUCUCUGACCUUGCAAUUUCCGUUCUAGUCUUCAUAUUUCCGGUCUGCUCGCCUCUGUGUUCAGUAUUCUUCUCAUUUCGUGGGUUGCAAUUUGUCGGUCAAAAAAGGCCAUUCUCACAAUGACCUGAAUUGACUACAAACAUCAAAUCUUUUCCCUUUUCUUAUUUAAUUUAUCAGUCCCAGUGAGUUUGAAGAUACAAUAAUACUGCCUAGUGUACACAAGAAAACAACCAACUGAAGGAUUAUGCCUGUAUUUGUAGUAAACUAACGUCAUAAGGUAGAAAAUCAUACCUUUAGUUUGUAUUCCACUCUCCGGAGUGUUCGUUUGGAUCCCACGGAUUUGCGAAUACGUAUAGAGUAAGACUAUUAAAACCGGAUAUAUUCAAUGCGGUUUCACCCACCCCGGAUUUUAGUGGACGGGGAUUAAGAAAAUACCCCCCAUUCAUAACUAGAAUUUUCCAGUUAAGCUUGUUUGCAUUUUAUUUAAUCUAUACAGGAAACAAAAGCAAACCAGUGGCCGUGUGGGCGAAAAUCAACCACUUUCCAGUCUGUUUCCACGCCCGUGGACAAAAACCUGGAACAUUCCAUUACCUCGGGGACGGAAGACUAGUCGGAGCAAUGAAGCUUGUCUAUCAGAGAGGUUUCGUGCGCUGCGCGAGAAAACGCGUACAUAACAGUCGAUGGGGUUGUUACCAUCACGCAGAGUCCUUAAAACAUCCCCUCAACGUUCUGGUCACCGAUGCCGAUAACAACGUGGUAUAUCCCUCGGAGAAAUUUAUACAAAACACAGGCAUGUGGUAUUACCUUCCGUUUACGGAUGCUAAGUUCUCCAAGGAACUUGUGUUCACUGAUUACGCCAAUCCGUUUUACCUUGCUAAUCACACACAGAUUAGAAUUUGGUACGGAGAAGAUAUGAUGCAGUACAAGAAUUGUGAUAAUUUUGGCAGAGUUUGCGUUGAAGUUUGGGCUCAUCUUAUGUAA